GUAUUUUUUCGCCGAACUAUACCAGUAAAUGUGAUUGUCUAUUGCCAAAUCCAACGUAUUCUAUUGAAAGCUCAAUAUUUUACACCGUUCGUUUGUCAAUCAUUUUCUAAGUUUAUAGAAAUUAUUCUGAAAUUGUGUAUUUACUUGGUACUUUUUCAACGAAGAUUAAUGACCUUGGAAGAUAGAACAUUUGGGAUCAGGAAAUAUAAAAGGAGAGAAUCAAAGUAAGUAGAGAGAAGAGAAGACGGAGUCGGCUUCCUCGUGGGUCGAUCGUGCCGUUGAAAAAGCAAUAAGGAGAAGGGAGAAUAAGAAAGAGAGAGAGAGACAGAGAGAAAGAAGGAGAAAGAGAGAGAAAGGGGAAGAAGAAAGGAAAGAAGAGAGUGGGAGGGAAAGAAAAGGAUAGAAAAAGAGGAAAGGCGCCGUCCUCCUAGUGGUCGUCCGGCGAACGUCUUCGUGCUUUUUAAGACGCGGCCGGUGGCCGGUCAAUAGUUUCCCGGUUUCUCUCUUUCUCUCUCUAUCUUUCUCACUUCUGUGUGUGUCUCUCUCACUCUCUCUCUCUCCCUCUCUCUCUCUCUCUUACUCUCUUCGGUCGUACACCUGUCCGUCGUGAAGUUGCAGACGGAGAGGUAGGAAGGGGUUAUGGUCAAUAAACGCAACCACGUCACACGCAGCCUAUCGGCGACCCCGCUUGGCCCCUUAAAGUGGCCCCGAACGAAAAUCUUACAUGUCGACCCGAUAUUUCCUUUUGUGCGUUUGUCUGCAGAAUAUCUUGAGAAAAGUUCGAUCGAUUUUCAUUUGCCCGAUAUCGACGGAUUCCGUGUGUCCCGAGGAUUGUACGAUUGUGAAACAAGACACGUGCGCGUGCCGGUAUUAACAAACGGUGGGUUGUUCGUACGUGUACGUGGAUUUACCGAAUUGCGUCCGCCAUUGUUGUGAUUGGUGGUGAACGUUCCAGAGAAGACGGCAUUUCUUAACUUCGGACGCGCAUGCGCAUUAUCGCGACAAACCCGACGACGCUCUUCUUUCGAAUUUUCGGAGACGCGACGCACACACACACACGCUCGCGCGGCAACAUAUACACACGACGCACGCACGCUACUACUACGCCAUUAUUACUAUCCUACUAAACGCAUACAAACGUGUGUCGGCGCGCGCGCGCCCGCCCGAGCAUUUCGAAAAUCUCAUUUACCGAUGCUUUUUUACGCACGUGCUUGCAACCCUGAUUUUACACCUGUCGCUUGCGUUCGCACGCGCCCGCGCAUUUCGUUUGACGCACUUUUACAAUUAUACAUUUAAAAACGCCGGCUUGUCUUUUACUUCUUUCUUUCUUUUUGUUUCUUUUUCUUUCUUUCUUUUUCUCUCUCUUUCUUUCUCUCUCUCUUUCUCUCUCUCUCUCUCUCUCUUUCUUUCUUUCUUUCUUUCUUUCUCUCUCGCCCUGUCUCUUUUUUUACGUUUCUACAAGAAGGAAUCUACGCUUACCCAUUUUCUUAAAGGAUCGCUGGCGUUCAUAAUGUGCGCGUCUUCUUAUAUCAUAAGAUUUUAUAUCGACGUAUUAUUUUUAAAACGCAAUUAUAUCGAUUCUACACUACGAUACUUAAAUUUUGAAACGAUUUAACAAUAUAGAUGAUAAAUAUCAUAUUCAGAGAUAAUAUACUUCUGUCUUAUUGGACAUAAAAGUGUCUACAACAGUCUGGAGUAUAGUGAGGAAUAGAAAGAAACUACACAGUGGAAUUGGCUGGACGUGUAUGCCCAGCAUAUAUUUUGCUAGGAUUUGUUUUUUUAAAUUUUGUAAAGAUGACAGUUUAUAUUAAUAAUGAUGUUUGUUACUCGCAUAAUUACGUGUUAUGCCCAAGGCAAAGAAGAAAUCUUACCUUAGAAAGGUAAGGGAAAUGCGAGAGUAUAGACGACAAAAACUAAUGUCAGAAACAGCAGAGGAACGUGCUCUAAGAUUAUAUACAUCGGCUGAAAGAAUGAAGAACGCUAGAGCAAAGGAAACUGAAGAACAAGCUGCUCUAAGAAGGAUGCAAGAAGCUCAGAGAAUGGCCAGGCAUCGUGCUAAGAAGAAGCGUUGUCUUGAUGAAAAUCUAGCUAGGGAGAUAUCUAAAAUUGCAGAACUCUCCAAAAUGCCAGAUGCAGCAACGAUCGCUCAAAUGUCUGAAAUGAAUAUGAAUAAAAUAUCUGCAGAAUUGAAGCAGAUGAUGGAAAGAGGAAAAGUUCCCGAACAUAUAGUACAGAUGGCUCAACUUGCGGAAUUUAGUAAAAUGACUGAAUUAAACAAAAUGUCUCAAGAUAUGGCGAAGAGAUACGAAAUGGAAAAGAUGGCAGAAUACGCUAAAACGACGGAAUAUGUAAAAAUGCAAGAAAUUGCCAAAAUGUCAGAGAUAGCUAAAAUGAAUGAAAUGGUUAAAUUGUCGGAAAUGGCUAAGUACAAUGACAUAACGAAAAUAAGUGAAAUUGCCAAAAUGAAUGAAAUGAUCAAAAUGUCUCAAAUGGCAAAGAUUAAUGAGGCACAAAGAAUGAACGAAAUAGCAAAAUUAAAUGAAAUGGUAAAAAUGACAGAGAUGGCUAAAUAUAAUAACGAUAUAACGAAACUCAACGAGAUCGCUCAAAUUAAUGAAAUGGCUAAAGAGAUAGCAAAAAUGAAUGAAAAAACUAAAAUGAAUGAAAUGAUCAAAAUGGCAAAUAUACAGAAUGAUAUAGCAAAAAUGCCAGAGUACUCGAAAAUAGCCGAAAUGGCUAAAUUAACAGAGUUAGCUAAGCUUAAUGAAAUAACAAUAACAAAAUUAAAUGAUCCUCCUCCACCCAAAGUAGCAGAAAUUCCAAGAAUUCCUGAACCUGUGAUUACUGUGCCAAAUCCAAGGAAUUUGCAAAACGUUCAAACUGUUCAAGUAGCACAGGCUAGCCCAUCUAGUACGAUAAAUUUUCCGACUGUGCCUGGUCAGGGUAAAUAUGCCCAGCUACUGGUUAUUAUCGAAGAACUCGGUAGAGACAUUCGCCUCUCGUAUGCAGGAAGCCGUAGUGCCGCGGAACGUCUGAAAAUGGGUAUACAGCAUGCACGGAUUCUCGUACGAGAAUGUUUGUUAGAAACAGAACAUAACGCGCGACAAUGAUCUGUCGAUGAACUUAGCCGCUAGAUUUUUAGCAGAUUAUUUUCCAAGAUGAUAUGUAUGAUCUAUCGAAUGCAGCAGAUUAUUAUCUUUGUUCAAACAAAAAAGUUUACAAAUUACAAGAAAUAUAUCUGCUGCUAUGUAUAUUAUGCCA